UCUCUUCUUUCUUCAGAUUACUCUUCUUCUACUUCCUUCCAAUCCUCUUUUCUUUCCCUUUUUGUUGUUUAAUUCUUAUUCUGCUUUCAUUCUUCCAGUUUUUUCCAACUCUUUUUUUUUUUUUUUUUACCUUAAAAAAAAAAAAACACAGUUUAUGCUUGUCUGUGAGCAUUAGCUCUGGAUUAUCACUAGCGUUGUGAUUGUGGCUAUUUUAAUUAGGAUCUUGAAUCAUGUUAUUACGAUGCUGCGUGCUGUCGGAGUCAAAAUUUCUACAUGUACAACCACUGUAGAAAUUGGUUAGCACAACCAACUAAAUGUCUAGUUUAUAAUACACUCCAAUAACUCUACCACACUCACAGAUUCAGCUUUUUUUUAUUUUUUAUUUAUUUUUUCCUACUUUGAUUAUUCAUUCAAGCUCAGCUUAGCUUACUUAGCUCUUCUCUAAGAUUUUUUUUUUUUUUUUUUUUGAAAUUAAUUUGGAUGUAAAUAGUUUUGUAGCAUAAUCAAUCAUAUCUUCAUUACUUAGUAGAGAGUUGAAAAUCGGAUUUUUCUUUCUGAUGAUGGAAUUCAGAUUUGUGAUGUGAAAAUUGGAUUUGGAUCAGGUUGUGAUCGUGUUUCCUUCAGAUUUGACCAAAUAGGGAACUAGAAGAAUGAAUUUUAGGAGCUCAGGAAAUGAGCCGGGGGCCGGCGAUAACGGCGGCGGGAGGCCGGCGGGGAAUUAUUCACUGGCACGGCAACCGUCGGUGUACUCUCUGACGUUCGACGAGUUCAUGAGUAGCAUGGGGGGUUCAGGGAAGGACUUUGGGUCGAUGAACAUGGACGAGUUGCUCAAGAACAUUUGGACCGCCGAAGAGGUUCAAACCAUGGCACCAGGGAGCGGCGUCGCCGUCGCCGGCGCCGGCGAAGAGGGUACCGUGGGUAUUAACCAUUUACAGAGGCAAGGGUCGUUGACACUGCCGCGAACUCUUAGCCAGAAGACAGUGGAUGAGGUUUGGAAGGAUAUUUCGAAGGAUUAUGGUGGCCAUGGAGGUCCUAAUUUGGCGCAGACACCGAGACAGCCAACGUUGGGAGAGAUGACGUUAGAGGAGUUCUUAUUAAGAGCCGGUGUUGUCAGAGAAGAUGCAAAUGCAAGGCCAAACGAUGGAGUCUUCGUUGAUCUGUCUCGUGCUGGGAAUAACAACGGUUUAGGAUUGGGGUUUCAGCAGUUGAACAAGGUUUCAGGAUUUAUGGGUAACAGGAUUCCUUUGAAUAAUAAUGAUCCAAUGGUGGGUCUUCAGUCUCCUUCCAAUUUGCCCUUGAACGUUAACGGGGUUCGAUCAUCCAAUCAGCAACAGAUGCAGAGUUCACAACAACAACAACAUCAACAUCAACAUCAUCAGCAGCAGCAUCAGAAUCAGCAGCAGCAGCAGAUAUUUCCUAAGCAGCCUGGUAUGAGUUAUGCAACUCAGAUGCCUCUGACGAGUAAUCAAGGAAUGAGGGGUGGACUUGUGGGACUUGGUGUGGAUCAGGGUCUGAAUGGUAAUCUCGUGCAAGGUGGAGGGAUUGGUAUGGUUGGUUUGGCACCUGGGACUGUUCAUGUUGCUACUGGGUCACCGGCUAACCAGAUAUCCAGUGAUAAAAUUGGAAAGAGUAAUGGUGAUACUUCUUCCAUAUCACCGGUUCCUUAUGUCUUUAAUGGUGGUCUGCGAGGGAGGAAGAACGGUGGAGCUGUUGAGAAGGUAAUUGAGAGGAGGCAGAGAAGAAUGAUAAAGAACAGAGAAUCAGCUGCUAGGUCGCGGGCUCGCAAGCAGGCUUAUACCAUGGAAUUGGAAGCAGAAGUUGCAAAGUUAAAAGAGGACAACCAAGAACUUCAGAAAAAGCAGGCAGAAAUCAUGGAGAUUCAGAAAAAGCAAGUUAAGGAAAUGAUGAAUUUGCAUCGAGAAGUCAAGAGAAGAUGCUUAAGACGAACACAAACUGGUCCAUGGUAGAUUGAAAAUUGGAUUAUGAUGCCACCGUUAAAAUAUAUGUACAUAUAUAAAAACGUAUUCUGCUGUAGAUUGAGGCUCUUGUAGUUUUUAGGUUAGCACACUUGAAAACUUUGAUGUCUUGCUUCUCUUUUGAACACCAUGUUGUAGUUAGGGAGUUUAGUGACAAUACCACGAGAAUAUGUUUCAGCACGUGUCCAUUUUCUUGCCACCAUUGGUUAGACAAUCUUCUUGUGCAGGAUCACUUUCACUGAAUUUGAUUCGGUGAGAGACUGUAGUGUUUUGUGUCCAAUGUAUGCACUUUACUUUCUUGCACUAUUCAUGAGAGUUUGAACUAGUGGUUUCGAGUUAUUUGAUCGCCCAUUUUGUCAU